UCGACACUGACUUGCCCUGCAUGCAUCCUAUCUGUCUCUAUAUCGGCUGAGCGCACUUGAGGAGUGAAAGAAGAAAAGAGUCAAGAUGGCAUCGGGAAGUGGCUGUGGACAAUCCAGGAUCUAGUUUCUUCUGGGUUUUUUUUUUAUUGCUACCACGGAGCGCAAGUGACUGGCCGUGCAAGGCGUUAAUAACUAAGUUGCUCUUAGCCCUGUUGGGACUUCGCUGGUGUGGAAUAGCAACAAAGAACGGGAGCGCGCAUUCAUGGGACGCGACUUUGACAGCUCUUCAUCUCUUGUCUUAUAACUUUAUUACCUGGCAGCGGGGGCAAGGUUUUGACUUGAGCAGGAGAUAAUGGCUGAGGCUCCGCUAGCCGAUCCACUCCCGGACUUGGACGUGGUCAUCGACCCGGACUUCGAGCCCCAGAAGCGGCCCAGAUCCUGCACCUGGCCGCUGCCACGACCAGACUCGAACGCGGUGAAACCGGAGAGCAAUGACACAGAUAUUAUCCCCGAGGAAGAGGAUGAUGAAGAGGACAAUGCCACCCCUACGGCCAUCAGUGUCAAUGGCUCUGGCGUGGCGACAGAGGACCAGAGCAGCAACAGCCCCAUCGCCGAUGGAGCGCUCUCAUCCCCGGGCCAGGAGAGCGGAGGCUCCCCGCUCUCCACGCACUCCCCGACGGCCACCUCUGGUGCGAUGACCCCCAGCAGCCUGGCUGCCCAGCAGACCCCGAGGAAAGCAUCAUCUCGCCGAAACGCCUGGGGAAAUCUCUCCUACGCCGACCUGAUAACCAAAGCUAUUGAGAGCGCGCCGGACAAGAGACUGACACUGUCCCAAAUUUAUGACUGGAUGGUAAGAUCCAUCCCCUACUUCAAAGACAAAGGCGACAGCAACAGCUCUGCAGGAUGGAAGAACUCCAUCCGGCACAACCUCUCCCUCCACAGCCGUUUCAUUCGCGUCCAGAACGAGGGAACAGGAAAGAGUUCCUGGUGGAUGAUCAACCCCGAGGGAGGAAAGGGUGGCAAGGCUCCUCGCCGCCGUGCAGUCUCCAUGGACAACAGCAACAAGUACACUAAGUCCGCCCGUGGCCGUGCUGCCAAGAAGAAGGCAGCACUGCAGGCUGCAGCUGCUGCAGCAGGUGAAGGAGGCGGGGACAGUCCUUCAGGUCUCUCUAAGUGGCCUGGAAGCCCGACGUCACGCAGCAGUGAGGAGCUGGAUGCCUGGACAGACUUCCGCUCCCGCACUAACUCCAACGCCAGCACUGUGAGUGGUCGGCUCUCACCCAUUCUGGCCAACCCUGAGCUAGAUGAGGUGCCCGAUGAUGAGCCCCCUCCCUCGCCUAUGUUCUACUCCAGUCCUGGCAGAGCACUGUCUCCCGGCAAUGCCACGACCAACGGGAAAGCUGUGCCGACCGAGCUGCCUCGCCUGGCAGACCUGGCAGGUACAAUGAACCUGAAUGAUGGACUCACAGAUGACCUGAUGGAUGAGUUGCUGGAUAACAUCAACCUGGUGCCAACCACUUCCAGCCAGAACGCUCCAAAUGGUUCCUCAGGGUUCAACUUUGGGUCCAAACCCAAUGGGCUAGGCUCACCUUCCUCCACCUCCUCUCCAUCCUCCAACUCUUCGUCUAAUGGUGGAGGAAAUGGCUACAGUAACUCCAUCUUUGGCCCCCACACGACGGGUUCCUCUCUGCGUCCAUCCCCCAUGCAGACCAUCCAGGAGAACAAGCAGACCUCCUUCUCCAGCAUCAGCAUGUCUCGCUUUGGCAGUCAGACACUACAAGACCUGCUCAGCUCUGACAGUCACAGCCACAGCGAUGUCAUGAUGACCCAAUCUGACCCGCUGAUGUCACAGGCCAGCGCUGCCGCUGUCAUUUCCCAGAACUCCCGCCGUGGCCUCAUGCUCCGCAAUGAUCCCGUAAUGACCUUUGGGACCACCGGAGGACUUCAGGGCAGCCAAGGGGAGAUGCUGCAAAGUAACAACCACAACCAAAGCUCCCUGAGGUCUUUAAACGGAGGCCUGAACCUAGCCAAUGAGGCUAACGUUCUGGCUAAUGCCAAGCAGCAGCUCCUGCUCUCACCCUUGGGAGGAAAUGGGUCCUCCUCCAUGCAGAUCGACACAUCGAUCUUCCUGAAUGGAACAGUUAGCAACAGUGGAGGGAUCUGUCAGGACCGUUUUCCAACAGAUCUGGACUUGGACAUGUUCAAUGGCAGCCUGGAGUGUGACAUGGACUCCAUCAUCAGGAACGAGCUGAUGGAUGCAGACGGCCUGGACUUUAACUUUGACUCUCUGGCCAACAUGAACGGAGUCGGCAACUUCACUAGCACCAAGCAGACCUCUCAGAGCUGGGUACCUGGCUGAGAGGGUCAGGCCGGGAAGGAGCAGAGCAGGUCUGAACUGUGUGGUGCAAGAGAAGAUCAGACACACAACACCCUUUUUGCCAAACCUGCCAUCAGCACAACGUAAAAUACAAACCCU